ACCGGGGAGAUCCCGGUUUCCCUCCAACCCCGGCAGCGGCCGCGGACCGCGCAAUCACGCCGCCCAAGGGAGAGAGAGUCUCCUCCGCAACCCGGGAUCCCCUCCGCAGCUCAGCGCUGCCUAACGGGGAAAGUCGCAUGCGCACCGAGACGCGCCGGGGAAUGGGAGAGUGAGGGGAGGGGCGAACGCAGAGCGCCGGCCGUCGGAGCCCGCGGGGGUCAUUGACGACGCAUGCGCCGGAAGGGAGCGCAAUCACAGACAAGGCUUGCGGCUACCGGCUUUAAAAAAGGAAACCCCCGAGAACCAGAGCGCAAAGGAAAUCUGGCUGCGGACGCGUGCGCGCUCCCGUGAAAGAAAAGCACAAGAAAUAAAGAAACUUUUACAGUCAUUGUUGAUUUGACUAUUACACUGAUUCCCCAAAUCAAAAAAGAAAUUUUUUUUUUUUCUGUGAAGCUGCCGAAACUUAGAAGCUGAUUUUGUCACAGUGUAAGAUGCCUUUGGAAAAUUCUGCAUUCCUCUUAGAUGAAUCUUUAAAACUUGGUGAGUUUCACUAGAUACCUUCAGUCUUCAUUUUGAGCUCAGAGAUCAAGACAUAGAACAUUUUCGUCAACCCAGGAGCCUCCUUCAUGCUCCCUGACAGUCAUCACACACUCCCACAGAAUUUUGAGACUGAUGGUCAGCCAUAUAGAAGAAUACAUUAAGCCUAUAGUUUUCUGAAGAAUCAGUUCAAAAGAUCCAAAAAAUACAAAAGGAGAAGUACAAAUGUCUACCACAAGACGAAAACGUAAUAUGUUAUGUUGUUUACCGUAAGCUGUAGUAAAAUGAGCUCGAUUGUUGACAGAGAUGAUGGUAGUAUUUUUGAUGGGUUGGUGGAAGAAGAUGACAAGGACAAAGCAAAAAGAGUAUCUAGAAACAAAUCUGAAAAGAAACGUAGAGAUCAAUUUAAUGUUCUCAUUAAGGAGCUGGGAUCCAUGCUUCCUGGUAAUGCUAGAAAGAUGGACAAAUCUACCGUUCUACAGAAGAGCAUUGAUUUUUUACGAAAACAUAAAGAAAUCACUGCACAGUCAGAUGCUAGUGAAAUUCGACAGGACUGGAAACCUACAUUCCUUAGUAAUGAAGAGUUUACACAAUUAAUGUUAGAGGCUCUUGAUGGGUUUUUUUUAGCAAUCAUGACUGAUGGAAGUAUAAUAUAUGUGUCUGAGAGUGUAACUUCAUUACUUGAACAUUUACCAUCUGAUCUUGUGGAUCAAAGUAUAUUUAAUUUUAUCCCAGAGGGGGAACAUUCAGAGGUUUAUAAAAUACUCUCUACCCAUCUGCUGGAAAGUGACUCAUUAACCCCCGAAUAUUUAAAAUCAAAAAAUCAGUUAGAAUUCUCUUGUCAUAUGCUUCGAGGAACAAUAGACCCAAAGGAGCCAUCUACCUAUGAAUAUGUGAAAUUUAUAGGGAAUUUCAAAUCCUUAAACAGUGUAUCCACUUCAGCACACAAUGGUUUUGAAGGAACUAUACAACGCACACACAGGCCUUCUUAUGAAGAUAGAGUUUGUUUUGUAGCUACUGUCAGAUUAGCUACACCUCAGUUCAUCAAGGAAAUGUGCACUGUUGAAGAACCCAAUGAAGAGUUUACAUCUAGACAUAGUUUAGAAUGGAAAUUUCUAUUUCUAGAUCACAGGGCGCCACCCAUAAUAGGAUAUUUGCCAUUUGAAGUUCUGGGAACAUCAGGCUAUGAUUAUUAUCAUGUGGAUGACCUAGAAAAUUUGGCAAAAUGUCAUGAGCACUUAAUGCAAUAUGGAAAAGGCAAAUCAUGUUAUUACAGGUUCCUGACCAAAGGACAACAGUGGAUUUGGCUUCAAACUCAUUAUUAUAUCACUUAUCAUCAGUGGAAUUCAAGGCCAGAGUUUAUUGUUUGCACUCACACUGUAGUAAGUUAUGCAGAAGUUAGGGCUGAAAGACGACGAGAACUUGGCAUUGAAGAGUCUCUUCCUGAGAUAGCUGCUGACAAAAGCCAAGAUUCUGGGUCUGAUAAUCGUAUAAACACAGUCAGUCUCAAGGAAGCAUUGGAAAGGUUCGAUCACAGCCCAACCCCCUCUGCUUCCUCCCGGAGUUCAAGAAAAUCAUCUCACACAGCAGUCUCAGACCCUUCCUCUACACCAACAAAGAUCCCAACGGAUACUAGCACUCCUCCUAGACAGCAUUUAGCAGCUCAUGAAAAGAUGGCACAAAGGAGGUCAUCAUUCAGUAGUCAGUCAAUAAAUUCCCAGUCUAUUGGUCAAUCAUUAACACAGCCAGUGAUGUCUCAAGCCACAAAUUUACCAGUUCCACAAGGCCUGUCCCAGUUUCAGUUCUCAGCUCAAUUAGGAGCCAUGCAGCAUCUGAAAGACCAACUGGAGCAACGAACACGGAUGAUAGAGGCAAAUAUUCAUCGGCAACAAGAAGAAUUAAGAAAAAUUCAAGAACAACUUCAAAUGGUUCAUGGUCAAGGCCUGCAGAUGUUUUUACAACAAUCAACCCCUGGGUUGAAUUUUGGGUCCGUUCAACUUUCUUCUGGAAAUUCAUCUAACAUCCAGCAACUUGCACCUAUAAAUAUGCAAGGCCAAGUUGUUCAAACUAACCAAAUUCAAAGUGGAAUGAAUACUGGACACAUUGGCACAACUCAGCAUAUGAUACAACAGCACACUUUGCAAAGUACAUCAAGUCAGCAGAAUCAACAAAAUGUACUGAGUGGGCACAGUCAACAAACCUCUCUUCCUGGUCAGACACAAAGCACUCUCACAGCCCCACUGUAUAACACGAUGGUGAUUUCUCAGCCAGCGGCCGGAGGCAUGGUCCACAUUCCAUCUAGUAUGCCGCAGAACAGUACCCAGAGUGCUGCAGUAACUACGUUCACUCAGGACAGACAAAUAAGAUUUUCUCAAGGUCAGCAACUUGUGACCAAAUUAGUAACUGCUCCUGUAGCUUGUGGGACAGUCAUGGUACCUAGCACUAUGCUGAUGGGUCAGGUGGUGACUGCCUACCCUACUUUUGCCACACAACAGCAGCAGUCACAGACAUUGACAGUCACGCAGCAGCAGCAGCAGCAGCAGCAGCAACAACAGCAGAGUUCGCAGGAACAGCAGCUUACGUCAGUUCAGCAACCAUCUCAGGCUCAGCUGACCCAACCACCACAGCAGUUUUUACAGACUUCUAGGUUGCUCCAUGGGAAUCCUUCAACUCAGCUUAUCCUGUCUGCUGCAUUUCCACUACAACAGAGCACUUUCCCUCAAUCACAUCACCAGCAACACCAGUCUCAGCAGCAGCAGCAACUGAGUCGGCACAGGACUGACAAUCUGACCGAUCCUUCCAAGGUUCAGCCACAGUAGCACACAGGCCUCUCUCCGACCUCACGGGAAGAAGGGGUUGGCCCAUAAGAGUUGCUGACAUGACCUGAGGAUUAGGAGGAAUAGUUCCAGCAGUUUCAUGAGGUGCGCAGUAUUGAGUGUUCUAGUUCCUCGAGUUAGUUAGCAAGGAAAACGCUGCCUAGUGCUACGUACAUUAAAUACCAGCCAGCAGAUGAUCAUAGGGCCAUAGCCAAUUCUGACAGUGUUUUACUUGCCCAGAUAUUUUUUGAUGAAAAAAGAGUAUAUUGCCAAAUGUUAAGAAACUCAGCUCUGAAAUAUGACCUCCAGUGAAUCAGAAAGGCACUAACAAUGUUAGUAACUUUUAGUGGUUCUGUGCCUGUUUUCAAGUGUUACAGAGGACAUACCACUGCCACGUCAGGGGUUUGCUUACAAUGAUGCCAUGAAGACAGUCCAUUAGACCCAGUAGGCCCUCUUCCCCAGCCCCUCUCCCUUUUCAGAUAAUGAUGGAAUCGUAAUCAAUUUCAGAAUGUUGUGUGGGUUCAAAUUCUCUAUGUACAGAUGCUGUAAAAAUAUUAUGUAUAUGUCUGGAUAAAAGGAAAGAAAGCAAAACAUUCUGUAUGCUGCAUGAAAGCAUUAUCUCCUCCUCAUAGGUAUGAAUACAUUUCCUUAGAUCCUGAUACCAUGUGCAAACUAAUACAUCCUUUGUUUUCCCUUUUGUUUACAACACGAUAGUGUUCUAUUCACUUUCCCGGAGCACAAGUCUUGUUCAUACUUGGCUGUGAUGUCACAGUUUGUUCAGUGAGGUAUGAUGUGCUGCUGGGAAUAGAUUUUUUUUUCAGGUUAAAUUAUUGAAAUAACAGGAUUUUCAAGUUACUCAGAAAUAUCCCUCAUUUCAUUGUUUUUCAGUUAUGUUUGAAAAUAGGAUUUGCACUGCUUUAUUUAGAAGGUUGAUCACAUAUUUUGAUAUAGUUCAUAGAUGGAAAUAGUUGUGUAAAUGGUUUUCAACAAGCCUGAAAGUAAUUUCAAGAAUGUUUCAGUUUUAGGAGUAAAAUUUGCACACAAAACAUUUUAGGCACUUUUUAACAUUCUCACUGGUGGGAAUUUUAACUUUUAGGAUUUGUUGGAAUCUUUUUAUUAUCCUUCACAAUUUCAAUGCUUCUUUUAGUCAGAAAUGAUUCAGGGUUAUUUGAGGGGGAAAAAAAACCCAUAGUGCCUUGAUUUUGAUUCAGGUGAUAACUCACCAUCUUGAACUCAUUGUCUGGUCUCAGUAGCAGUUUUGAAACCUUAGUGCAUUUUUAAUAGCAUGUGGGUGUCAGUGCCAUUAUUAUUCUCCUAAGUUCCUAUGAAGACUGCUUUGAGUCUCUUGGGCUGGAAGUAUAAAUAAUUUAGAAAUAAAAAGAUGACAUCCUAACACUAUUAGAGUCAUGAAUGUGAUCACAAAAUUGUUUUCCUGAACGAGCAUCUUCCUUUAAAGCUAAGUAGCCAUUUAAGAAUUACUAGUAAAUAUUUGCUCAAUAUGAUCUCGAUAUCCUACAGAGGAAAAAGGAGUGGGACUUGGCUUUGCCUUCACUACGCUAGAGCAUUGUAACUCACAUGCUUUCUAAACAUGAACUAAGAUUUCAUUUGGCAAUAUCAUAUUCUUAAAAGGUAAUAAAUUCCAACAAAUUGUAUUCAUAAAAAGCAUUUUAUAUAUUUUAUGGUACUAAUAAUUAAAUUUACAACUAUAGAGCAAUGGAAAAUAUCUUAUUAGAAUAUCAAAAAUUAUUACUGAGAAAAGGGAAGACAGCAAGCUGAAAUAAAUCAAAAUUGACCUUAAAGUUUAUAACAGAAUUGAGGUUGUUAAACAGAAAAGGUUUUGAGCAAUGAAAAUAACAUAGUAGAGAAUUGCUAGAUAAAGGAGUCAGAGGAACUCUUAAGUCAGUUCUUAAAACUUUUCUGUUCUCAGCUUUGCUAUCACACUUAAGGGACAUAUUUUGUCUUUCCGUAGAAAACUACACCUGGCCACACUUAAAUUAGAAAAUUCAUGUUGAAAAUGAAAACAACCAAAGAAAGUGGGUAUCUACCCUUCUAUAAAAGAAGUGUCACUAGAUACCAAUCAAUAAUUAACAUAUCAAGGAGCUCCUCUUCUAGCUAAAUGAUCAUCCAGAAUAGAUUUCUGACUUUCUCCUGAAUGUCAAGGGUAGUUGUCAGAAUAUGUGUGUACUUGGGCACACAUACUCAUAGACAAAAUUGAUGUUGUAGAAUAUGGCAACAGUACUUUCUCCCCUUUCAAAUGGCCUUUCUUAACCUUAUCAUGCCAUUCCAUAUGUAUCUGAGUUGUGCCUCAUUCAUUUAUUAGUGAUAUCUAUCUAGUGAUACGGAUUUAGCUAAUAAAAGAUAUGAAGAACUAUUAAGGUUUAUCCUCUAAGUACCAUGCUUAAAAGAAAGAUGGUGGAUUGUGAGUACUGUGUACUUAACGUUAACGAAAACAAAGCCUAAGACAAGCCACAAAGUAAAUGGGAAAGAAAAUUAGACAAAAUUUUGCAUUUAUAUUUCCUGUUGUUUCUCACAGCUCAUUUUUUUUUUUUUUCUGCUUAGAAUUGAUGGCUAAAUAUAAAGGAGCAGCUAGCUGCUUUUCCUUUGCUGUCAGGAUGUAGUGUUGUGUUGGAAGAGGUGGUAAGCACCAACUGCCUCUUAGCUCCUCUAACUUUGUUUUCCUCCUGAUUCUCUUCAACUUGGAUUGCAGAGCGGUCCCUGCCCCCUCCCCCAUGGAGAUUUGAGCAUUCUGAUGAAGAUUCAGCAGUUGCCUGUUCUUCCUUCAUUUCUGUAGCCAAAGUUGUUAAUUAAGAUUCUAAAUCUAAGUCAUGAAAAAACGCCAAAUAGAACACCUUUCAGCUACUUAAAAAUCAUAUCUUCCCUCUGCUUUACUCUCAGUCAGUUUUUCUUAAAAAAACAAAACAUUUUAUUCUGGGUGCACUUUCUAGGUAAGAAAUUGUUGAAGAUAAUAAGGAAAGCUGUUAGCUGUUCUGCAGUUAUCAUGCUUUGGACUGCUGUGGCAGGCACUGCAGGAGUCAGUAUUGUUUUACCAACUACAGGUGAGGACUACAAGAACUGAUAAAGUUGCUGCUGGGAGUGGAACCUAGACACUCAAAAGUACUCCAUUUUUUGAGAGGAAAAUAUUCGUGGGAAAAGCAGACAUCAGGGACGGGGGUAGCAUAAAAGUAGAUACUACAAUUCAGCCUCCAAACUCUGCCCUAAGUUGAGGGGGUAAUUUGAGUCCUGUGCUCUGCUUUGUUACUUAAAACUGGUGAGGGAAUGUACUAGUGACUUUGAAGGGUUUGUUAUAGAUUACUCAGUGUGGAACAGUGUGAAUGUUAUUUGGGUUCUUGGGAAGUGCUGUGGUGUCAGUUGUUGCCUUAAAGCAGUCUGCGCAGUUAAAAUUAAGGGCCCUGGAGCAGGGCAGCUCCAGAAGGGCGUCGUGUGCAGAAGGGAAAUGAACCUUGUUCAUUCGGGAAGCCUUAGCUAGGGGUCCUACAGACAGGUGUUAUUUUAAACUGGAUAUUACUCAGCGUGUUUUAAAAUGUUUCCACUACAUUGAGAUGAACUUUUAAAAAGUGGAAUGAAUGCAAAUAGCAUUUUACUCUAGUAUUGUUCAUUUCUACUUUUUUUCUUUUUCUGUAUUUCUUUGGUGAUUGGAAGUUUGUUGAUGAACAUUUGUGUAAAACUCAUUCAAGUCUAUAACCUUUCCAAUAUCUGUGACCCUGUUCAUAGUCCCUCAGGAGUCAUGUUGGAAGAUGUAAACACUGGAUAUUACUAUUGCUGAGUGAGUCUAGCCAGGAGUAAGCUGAUUGGAAUUUUUAGAUGAUGGAAAAGAAACAGCACAAAGGCACUUGCCAUUUUAAUAGUGAUUGGAGAAAGAACCUUUUCAGUUUGUUUGGAUUGGGUGAGCAUUCUUCUAAAAGGAGCUUCUGAAGUAAUUGCAGAGGAAAAGAGUUGACUAUUUUUAUAGCAUAUUUAAUAUAUUUGUAUAUAACUAUGAAUAUAGUAGGACCCCUCCCCCCCCACAUCCUUCCACUUUUCUAAUCUCCUACCCCCUUCGCCAUAGCUAGUAUCGCCUCAUCCGCAUGGGUAAUGUGCCUACUGUCAGCCUACCAAAAGUUAGUGCUGCUGCUUUCUGAGACAGGUGAGACGACCCAACUCUCAUGCCUGGGGAUCCUUAUAUAGGAAUAGCACACACUUUUCAAACAACAUACCACAGUCUAAAAGCAUCAUUUUGAAAUGUAACAAGCACUUUAUUGCAAUUAUUCAUUUUGAUAAAGUUUAUUAUCUUAUAGGCAUUACCAUUUCUAAAGGAUCCCCAAAUCAUCACUUAGGUGAAAUUUAAAAAUGACACAUUUCUGAGAAAUGUUUAGAUCCAAUGAACCGUAGUAGGUUUAUGGGAGUGAUUUCAAGGUAGCCAAAUGAACUUUGACUUUUGUUUUGAAUGUGGUGGAGUCAAGAGAUUGUAGAUGCUAGUUUCAUAUAGACACUAUUGUAAACCUAUCUUGCCUAUUGUGUGGACACCAAAAGAGACCAAUGAGCCUGUUUAUUUUCAGAGGUCUAGGAAAAUUGCAUCAGUGUGAAUAGAUGUAUAAAGCCAACCUACAAGUGAUUGUUAGUAAUACUUUAGAAUACGAUCAUUUCAAGAAUUAUUCUGGGUGUUUUAAAUGUGCUCUGAAAUGUUGGCAUGCCAUUUCAGUGUUUCCAUUUGAAUUGCUCUUGUAAUAUUUUUGCACAAAAAGGACUGAGAAAGACUACUUUGGUUGAAGAAAAAAAGUGUAAUUUGGUCUUAAUGACUCCUGUGGAAACACUGGGGAUGAAUUUUGUUGGUAUAGUUAUUAAUUCAGGAUAUUUAAACAGUAUUGAACAGCUCACAAGAAAUUAAACAAACGUGGAUAUUUAAAAAUUAAACCUUUCUUUCCAUGUGACUGUUUUGCAUAUUUCCCCCAUGUCAUAAUUUAACACUACAUUCCUUGUUUUUCUUAAAUAAAAUAAUACUUUGCAGGUUCUGUUUUGAGUAUUUAACAAUAUUUUGUAAGCUGCCUGGGUUUUCCUAGGGAAACGUUCUUUAAUGAAAUAGGAUAUCAUUUAUGAAGAGACUAUUAAGUGAAAUUCCAUCACCACCACCAGCAAACACUGAGGUGCUGCAUUAAGUGACAAUCAAAUAGUGAGUAUUUAUGGAAGAAUUUAGAAAGUGGUUUUAAAGAAGAAAUUGCUUUGUAAGCAGUUCUCUAGGUUUCUUGAAUAAAAAUGGCUACAUGUAUUUAUUUAUAUUUUUAAAUACCUUGUGUUCUGUUUUCUCAUCGGAGUGAUUUCACAGUGUCAUGUAUUUAAUUUGUGGUUUAUUUUGUUUUGCCUUGUAAUCUCUGACUUGGAGAACUAGCUCUUCUUACCGGGGGUGCAGCCGCUAGCCCUCAGGACUGCUUGUCCUGGCCAGGCCAAACCUGGUUUGCUUCAGGGCAGCAGCGGAGGGCGGAGCUCCAGAGGCCCCUGUGCUUCCCUCCUGUUCUCAGUUUGUUUUAAGAAAAAUAUUAAAGGUAACUCCUUUCAAACGUGCUUCAGAUAGCUCCAACCUUUUUCUAGUUUCACUUGCUGCCUUUUCUAUUUUGGGGGUACUUUUUAUAUUCCCCAACACAGCCAAAGGCCAGUAUGACAGAACCAGUGGCACAUGUUGCCUGUUUUGCCCAUUUGGGGAAAUGUUAGUAAAAUGAUCAGCAUCUUCUAACAGCCACUGCUAUCAUAUCUGAAUUCAAAUCCAUUGAAAGUCUUUAAAUAUAGGUGGAACAGUGUAUACACACUGCAAACUCUUCUACAAAAGAAUUUUUGCUGUCUCUAUAGUGCUGCCUGGUCUUUUAAAACAAAACAAAACCUCCACACACAGCACUGCCCAAUAAAGCAGUUUGAACAUUUGAAGCCUAGAAAUUUGAGGAUACUUCUUGCUGGUGUGCAUUGGAACAGAAUUCUCCACUUUGGGACUGUCAGAGUAGCUCCUGAGUCCUACAGGCCAGGUACAGGGCGCACUGUCUACCUUUUGGGGUCCCUUGGAGAAUGGUAAUUAAGUCAACCACAAGUUGGAUUUAAUAAUGUAAAAAAUGUUUCUUAACUCUGAGGGUUAAAUUGAAGAUGUGAUGUUUUCAAAUGUAUGCUUUUAAAUUUCUGAGGAAACAAACUGUGACAUCGCUUUAAAAACGACAUUCAAAUGUUUUAUAAUAGGUGUUUUUGAGUUGGCCUGUACUGGUACAAAUUCACUGCUGGCAAUGGUUGUGCCAGUACUAGUGUUAAGUGUAGGGAAAGCUGUAUUAUCUUCAGAUUGAUGUAUUAUAUAACUAGACAAUCAUCAUCAAGCAAAAAAAAAGGCCAGGAAAUGUCCUCUUUCUUUUUCAGUAGCUAUGCCAGCUAGAACAGCUGUAAUUUAGACCAUUCUAGAAUUAGUUUGAAAUCUGUUUUACUGCCGUGUAAACGUUGGGGACGGACUUCUCUGUGGCACUUGCACGUUCACUCUAUGUAAAGAUUGAAGCCCAAAGAUGAGUUACAUUCAGUGCUGUAUUGAAACCAGUUAGUGCAAAAAAAAAUGUUUUAUCUUUGUAAAUUUCUAAUUGUUAACAUCAGUUGGUAGCUUAAAAACACACCAAAUUCUAAUGUUCUGUAUGGUUCUUAGUGUGCUACAUUGCUGUCCUUACUGCUUGGUUCUUGGUUUUAAAUAAAAUUUAGAUGUAGGCUAACAUUCUUACUUCCAAAAGGGUGGAGCUAUAAAUGGCUAACUAAUCUUGAGGUAUUUUUCCUAAAGCAAACAUUUAAUUGGAAUCCAAAUUGAUUAACAGAAAUGAGACUAACGUUUUUCCAGGUAUUGUCUUCAGCCCAAAUCCUAAAUUGCACAUAAGCACGAAGGGGUAAUGAAUGGUUUCAACGGUGCUAUUUUAGGUUCUCUGCAAUUUUCAUGAGCUAUGUGUAGAAAUAUAAUAUUGUAUAAAAUGGGGAUCAUUUUGUUACUGAUAUUGCCAUUUUAAUUUGGUGUUACAAUUGGUUACACUUGUUUAUCAAAGCUAUCCUUUGAGAAGAGGUAAAAUGUGUUAUCAGCCUACCUUCACUCAGGCAUAUUGCUAUCUGAUAAUUUUCCCAGGUUAUGAUGUGCAUCGUUUUUUAAAACUACAUGUACUAUUAUAAUGCUCUUUCCCAUACUCUUAUAAUGUAUUCACAACCUAAAAUUACAGCAAGAGCCAAGCAGUAGCAUUGUUUUUUUUGUAAAUGUAAAAAUUAGAUCCAGACUUUGUUUCCUUAUUCAAUUUCAAAAAUAAAAAAUACCUCAGUGC